UUGGCUACGGAAGUAGACAAAGCAGCGCUGUGAAAAGCGCAGCGGGCAGCACAGCCCCCUUCAUUGUGACAGUCAGUGUGUAAAGGUGUCGCAGUAAGCUUCUUCUGUUCGUCUGAGUGUCUGCUGGUACCAUGGCGCGGGUAGAGACAACCUCCAGCAGGCCGUACCAUCUGGUCGUCUUCGGAGCCUCUGGCUUCACGGGGCAGUUUGUGGUGGAGGAGGUUGCCCGGACGGCGUCCGAGGGACCCAAGGGGAGCCUGAAGUGGGCCGUGGCUGGCAGGAGCAAGCAGAAACUGGAAAAAGUUCUGGAGCAGGCCGCUGGAGUCCUCAGUAAGCCUGAGCUCCGGACAGAGGUGGACGUGAUCGUGGCGGACGUAGGCGAACCCGACUCCCUCGCAGCCAUGUGCAAGCAGGCCGUGAUCGUUUUGAACUGUGUCGGCCCGUACCGGUUCUUUGGCGAGCCCGUGGUCAGAGCCUGCGUGGAGAACGGAGCGCACCACAUCGACAUCUCUGGAGAGCCGCAGUUUUUGGAGGGCAUGCAGCUGAACUACAGCAGCCAGGCGGCAGAGAAAGGCGUCUUCGUCAUUGGAAGCUGUGGGUUUGACUCCAUUCCUGCAGACAUGGGAGUCAUCUACACACGAGAUCAGUUCAGGGGCACCCUGACUGCUGUGGAGAGCUUUCUGACUAUCGGCAUAGGACCUGAGGGUGGGUGUAUCCAUGACGGGACUUGGCAGUCGGCCAUCUUUGGCUUAGCCGACAGCCCGAAUCUCCAGAGUCUAAGAAGAAAGUUUAACCACAAACCUCUCCCCACUGUUGGCCCCAAGCUGCGGCGCAGGGGAGCGCUGUUCUACAGUAAUGAGAUCCAGCAGUACGCGCUUCCCUUCAUGGGUUCUGAUCCGUCCGUGGUGAAAAGAACCCAGCGUUUCCUGGCAGAGGAACAUCAAGCCACGCCGGUCCAGUAUGGAGCGUAUGCUGGAGUUGGAGGUAUUGGCAGCAUCAUCAAGCUGAUGUUUGCUGGCAUGAUGUUCUGGUUGUUGGUCAAGUUCACUUGUGGACGCAACCUGCUCAUGAAGUAUCCAGAGUUUUUCUCCUUUGGAAUGUUCUCGAAAGCCGGACCAACCAGAAAGCAGAUGGAGGGAUCAUCCUUCCAGUUAUCCUUCUAUGGCGAGGGUUACACAAACGAUCAGGACCCCGCGCUGGGAAAACCUAACGCCAAGAUCCGCACUCUAGUUCAGGGACCAGAGGUCGGAUAUGUGGCCACGCCCAUUGCCAUGGUGCAAGCUGCUCUCACGAUUCUCAACGAACCGGCAGCUUUGCCCAAGAAGGGAGGAGUUUAUUCUCCAGGAGCUGCUUUCGCCAAAACCACCCUCGUCGACCGCCUCAACAAACAUGGCAUCCAGUUCUCUGUCGUCUAACCCUGACAUUUUUCCAGAACCUCUUCAGAUUUCCCUUCAGUACUUCGAAGAUUUUACUUGGAAACCGAGCACAAUUGUUGCUGUGUUUCCUUGUCAAGGACACUAAAAGAAAUGUUAAGUUUUGCAUGGUUUUCCACUGACAUGAUUACUGAUAAUGGAAGUAUUCAGGAGAAUUUUGUUCAGUUCAUGCCUCUGGACACGGAUAAUAAAGAGAAAACUAACAUUUUAUGUAUACUGUCACACAAAUAAUAAAAAGCAUUUAACAGAUAGUCAAAGGAUGAACAGGUUUUCUGAAUGUUGCACAGCUGUUUUUGACCAAAGCCCAUCAAAUCUUUCCACAAAACAUGUUAAAGCUCCUCUACCUUAAAGUUUUUGCUAAUAGUUUAUGAUCUAUAUGUACAAAUAGAGGACUAAUGAGGUAAAAGUAGGUGAUAAAUUGGAUUACAGUUUAAAGAUUUACAUGUUGAAUGCUUUUUUCUUUCUAAUUUCUUUGGUUUAAAGCCAUUAGGUGAGGGCAGAAGCUGCAACAUUUGCAUUUAUUCAUGUGAUAUUUCUUUAAAGUCAUGAGUGGUCUGUCUAAGCUACCUGUUAUUGGUUCAACAAACAGCUUGAUGCUUGAUGAAACUAAACUUUCUAUGGUGUUUAGUUUGAUAAAUAUUGCUCUGUACAUGGAAAUUACGAUCAGAGCAAUUCAAUUGAGACCUCUUUGAGCAUUUUGUGCAUUGUUCAGGCUUUAUUUUGCAUCACUGUUUGCUUCAUAAAUAAAGAUGUCUCCAGCAAAAAUAAGAGGUCCUGUCUUUAAUGCACACCAUUACGUUAAAAUAACAGUAAGUCUUCAGUUUCACUAAUAAUGGUGAAGAUGAUCCAGGUGCAACAUAAUGCUCCCACAUUUUAGAAUGACAAUUUGUUAAUUCUCAAAGGUAACAUAAACAAACUCUGAAAUUAGGAAUAUUAACCAACCCCCAAAGAUAUUUUUUAUGUUUUAGUGGAAGGAAAAAGUGUGGGAAACUAGAUUGGUUCCACCAAGACAACUGUUGAUUACCUAAAAAAUAUAUAUUCGAUCAUAAUCUUUAUCAUUGUAGUACCACAAAAUAUUGCAAUAAAAUACAAAGUCCAUAUCACCCAACCCUAGUACUGAGUGCAUUUAUGGACAUGCUUUAACAUUAUUAAUAUUAUAUUAAUAUUAUUUAAGCUCCAAUAUCAAAAGUUAAUAGUUUUAUUAAUACCUUUUGGCAAAAGCAUUCAUAAUCUGAAUCUGGCCCAAAUUGAAAAUGACUGACACCCCUGAUAUAAUUUUAUAUACCUGACAUAGACAAAAUUCAGAAAUAAACAAAAUUCCAACAUUUAUUCAGAAAAUAUAACAAUUUGUAUUAGACAUAAAAAAAAAUAUCUAGACUAAAAUCAUAAUUUGUUGUACAGCUCCAUGUGUUUUACUGAUCAUUAGUUUAACUUGAGUCUUUAUUAUUUCAUCCAGUUCCUGUUCAUUCUCUUUCCUGGUUCAGUAGCUGAUG